CCUUAAAGAGGUGCGCCGACCAGACGGCACGGACUUUCUCCGUAGAAGAAUCAGCGAGAUGAAGAGCAGCGCCAACCCGGCACCAUGCGCUCCAGGCUCCCGCGGACCGCCUGCCUACUGCGACUCAUCGCGCUCUGCAUCCUCCUCUCGCACUCUGCAGCUUAUUUUGGGCUGACAGGUCGGGAGCCCUUGGUGUUUUUGCCGGGUCCGUUCUCCAAUGAGCCUCCGACAGGAAAGGCCCACCUCAAGCAGUGCGAGCAGAUGACUCUGACCAGGCGGCAGAAGAGGCUGUGCCGCCGGGAACCUGGAUUGGCCGAGACGCUGCGGGAGUCGGUGCGCCUCAGCCUGCUGGAGUGUCGCUAUCAGUUCAGGAAUGAGCGCUGGAACUGCAGUCUGGACGGCCGGGGGAGCCUUCUGAAGAGAGCAUUCAAGGAGACUGCCUUCCUGCUGGCGGUGUCCUCUGCGGCGCUGACCCAUGCGCUCGCCAAAGCGUGCAGCUCGGGCCGCAUGGAGAGGUGCACGUGCGACGACUCCCCCGGCAUCCAGCAUCGGGAAGCCUGGCAGUGGGGGGUCUGCGGCGACAACCUGAAAUACAGCACCAAGUUUCUCAAGAAGUUCCUGGGCCAGAAGAGGGUCAGCAAGGACCUGAGGGCUCAGGUCGACACCCACAACAUCAACGUCGGAAUUCGGGCGGUGAAGAGCGGCCUGAAAACAACCUGCAAGUGCCACGGCGUCUCCGGCUCAUGCGCCGUACGGACUUGCUGGAAGCAGCUGUCCCCUUUCCACGACACCGGGCGGCUGCUGAAGUUCCGAUACGACACUGCAGUGCGAGUUCUGAGCGUCACCAACGCAGCCACUGGGGAGACGGAGCUCGCCGGCCCGCGUCGACACGGCCAGAGCCUGCGCACUACUGAUCUAGUCUUCCUUGAGGAGUCCCCCAGCUUCUGCAGACCCUCUCGCUACUCCCCUGGUACAGGCGGCCGGUCGUGUGCCAAAGACACCAGCUGUCAGAGUCUGUGCUGCGGACGCGGCUACAACACGGCCAUGCGCCUCACCAGCCUGUCCUGCCACUGCCAGGUGCGCUGGUGCUGCCACGUGGAGUGUCAGACGUGUGUGAGAGAGGAGGAGGUGUACACGUGCAAGAACGCAUAACCCGCGACGAGAUAGGAGCGAUAUAGGCACAGACGUGACUGAACUAUAAGCGCCUACAGACAUUUGAGGGAUCCCCACAUCAGCGCAUGCGUUCACAGAUCUGAACUCUGACCCGCAUGUUAUCUGGACUGUCACACGGUGGCCAUUUUCCUCUGACGUCACGCUCGGGGUGGGAGCCUUUGUUUGGAUUAAAAGUCGCUAAAAGGUAGGGAGUCUGACAGGUCGUGAUCAUUUCACCCUCUACCAAAAUGAUCAGCAACUGGAAGCAAGUGGAAAGUGUAAAUCUGGAGGGCUAUCGAGCCACACUUAAAGGUUAAACAACACGCUCGGUGACAUUCACUAACCUCCAAGGUGUCGUUAUCGUUUGACUACAUUCACUUCCGGGCUUAAACAAAUGUUUUUAAGAUGUGACAAAGAUAUUUUAUGUUUUUCCUAUCUUGUCGUGUAACGUUUUCCAAACAAAGCUUUAGGGAGACGACAGCUAACGUUAGCAGCAAACACUGAUAGUUUUACACCAUAUGAUUGGAAAGGCGUAAAUUAAUUAUAGAAUGUCAACACACAUCUUGGACACAUUUAUCUGAGCCUGGAUGUGAAACACACUGGGUGCAAUCAAAAGGUCACAUUAGCUGUGGUUGGACGCUGGCGUUAGUGAAUGGGUUAUCAAACAUCUUGUUUACCUUGAAAUAUGACCCCAGAUUUAAACUAGCCAUAGCCUUGUCAGAUACUGAUCAACUGGGAAGAGGUGAAAUGAUCGGAGCUGUCAGAUGACCUCUACGAAACGUGGAACUCAUCAGCACGACAUCUGAGUUUCCCAUCCUGAGCGAGAUGACAGGAAAAUGGCUUCCAUGCCAAUAUGGUCUAUAAACGCGUAUAAUAUUGCUGUUUAUUUGCUACUCAUCGCCGACUUGAUAUGCAGCGGCUUGCUGUAGGUGAGGCUGUUUUUCUAACUCUGCUUCUCUCUUGCUGGAUGCACUGAAACGCCGCUCUUCUGGGACGAAGGGGAAACAAGCUCUUAAAAAAAAACAAAACAGAAAAACUGGUACUGGACCGAAUAUCACCAGCAGUACGACGUCUGCAGGGGAGCUCUGACAGUGACUUUGUUGUAUUUAUUGUAUCGGUCAUCGUGUCUGUUGUACUGCUGCUUCAUACUUUAUCCUUCUUGUAAACAAGUGUCGCCACGGAGGCUAAAAAAUGGCCUUAAAAGGAAUCCACCUGUCUGUCUGUCUGUCUGUCUGUCUGUCUGUCUGUCUGUCUGUCUGUCUGUCUGUCUGCUGUGUUACGGUUCAUUUCUGGUUAUAAAGCACUUAAUCUGCUCUUCCCUUACACACGAUGCAAAGUGUGUAAUCCAUCGUAGAAGGCAGAGGAGGUGUUCACGUUUAAACAGAAUCACUGGAGGCCGCUGAUAUGCAUCGUGACCAGACGCACUGCUGUGCAAAGACACAAGCUGGGUUUCAGUUGCUCUUAUGGAAAUGUCUAUGGAAAACACGCAGCCUAAUGUGUGCUCGACAGAACAAAGGGAAAUACCCGGGGUAACAGCGAGGGAAACACCAGAACACUGUCUUUGAACAAGCAAAGAAUGGAAAACACUUAAUUUCUCGACAUGCCACUCCUGCUCUUGUUUUCCCUCUAUUUAAAGAAGCACACACUACGCUACACUUUCAUGUUUCAAAUUGCCUUUGAAGUGGGCUAAUCGUGCUCCUUACAUCCCCCCAGAUUGCUAAUCAAAGAAAAUCACCAUGUUUAGUCUCUUAUGUGUCCAUGUGUGCGGGUCAAAAGUGCACACCGGGACCCAAAGGGUUCCUUUUAUUGGCCAGUUUUAGCUUUAUAUAUAUAUAUAUAUAUAUAUA